UGGGAAGUAGAUGUUAGGUGGGUGAGUGAUGAUAGUGUAUAAUUGCUGGGUCUGAGUGGGGUGUUGUGUGGGUUUUAGACUUUCUUCUUCGUGCUCUUUUUUCAAGUGCUACUUCUCAAAGCACUUACAGUUUUAGGCUUUUGGCAGUGUAAAUUUUUGGGGAAGAAGAAUGAGCUACUUGGGUGUUGGUGUGAGUCCUGGGAAUGUUCCGGUGUAUCACGGCACCAACUUAAAAGUAAUUGAUCGGAGGGUGAGGGUGGCCGAGUUGGUUUUGAGGUGUGUAAUCUGCGGUCUAGGAGUUGUUGCUGCUGCUCUUGUAGGGACUGAUACUCAGAUCAAAGAGAUCUUCACUGUCCAGAAGAAAGCUAAAUUUACGGACAUGAAAGCUCUUGUGUUUUUGGUGGUGGCUAAUGGGAUAGUUGCUGCCUACUCUUUGGUGCAAGUGAUGCGUUGUGUUGUGAGCAUGGUUAGAGGCAAUGUGCUCUUCAGCAAGCCCAUAGCUUGGAUCAUUUUCUCGGGCGAUCAGGUGAUGGCAUAUGUGAGUGUGGCAGCAGUAGGAGCUGCGGCACAGUCGGCGGUGUUUGCGAAGUUGGGGCAGCCAGAGCUGCAAUGGAUGAAGAUAUGCAAUAUGUAUGACAAGUUUUGCAACCGAGUUGGGGAGGGAAUUGCCAGCGCUUUAUUAGUCAGUCUAAGCGCAGUGCUGCUCUCGUGUGUUUCUGCUUUCAAUCUCUUCCGCUUGUACGGUGGCAACACGAACAAGACCGCCGCCAGGUGGUAGGCCGGCCGGCUCUACGAGUAGGACCCACCAAGAGUCCAACACCAACCAGUUGCAUGUAACUAAAAGACUAGUCUCCUUUUACUUGGGAAAUUGGUGGCCUUGUUCUUGUGUGUGAUGUCAUGAUGUGAUCGAUAUAUAUACGAUUGAGUGACUGUAGGCUCUUUACUGCCUUUGAAUGUUAAAAUAAAAUUGAGAGCUCGAUAGGUUCUUGUAGAGUAUAUAUUUUAUGCAGUUGUUCUCCUGAUGAAUUAUAUAUACUUUGGAGUUUCGGUUAUUAUGAAGGUGAGUUUUUGGGGGA